GCGGCGGCCGGGGUUGGUGGUGGUGGUGGUGGAAGAGGACCUUUCUCCCGAGGCAGAGGCGAGCUGGGUUGGUCCGCCCUCGCUUCAGUGUGCCUUCAGUCUCUCAUCAGUCCUCCUCACUUCCACUAUCUUCCCGCCAUGCUCCUCAGGAUGAAAGUGCUGUUGGUGACGUGCCUCUGUAUUGUGCCCGCGGUCGCUCGUCCUUCCUCCUCCACUGCCUCCGCCCACGCUAUCAGCACCUCUUCCUACUCCUCCACCACUGCCUCCGCCCACGCCACCGCAACCAAGACCGUCAUCCCCCCCACCAGUUACCCAUCAGAGAGCGGCACCCAGAAUACCAAGAGGGAAGCGUCAGCGACGUGGCGACCCAUUAGCCACGCGAGGUCCCACUCCAUCUUCAGGGUAAUAAACGUCCCAAGUAGCCACAGCUACAAUGAAAAUUCCUACGAGAUGAACGACAUCCCAUCGGAGACUCUCAGCUUGUUCAUCCCACCAGAAUUCCCAUCCAAGGAAGCAAGGCAGCUGCAGUACUUCGCCAGCACGCCCGAGGUUCCUGUGCCCGGACAUUUGCACAGACUCCUGCACGAGGCGCCAUUCUUCGACACGAUAGACCAUGCCAAGCCGGUCCUCGCCCUGCAGCAGCGGAGGAAGUAUGCAGGACUUGCUCCGCUCGUCCUUAAAAGCAUUCGGCCUUACUUUCCUUUCUUCAGUUAUGAGUAGCAACCCUACACUUCCCACGCAAGCCUACAUAUUUUCUGGAGUUGAUUUUCAAUACUUAGUGUAAGCAUUAAGUAAGCAGAUUUGUUAUAUACACAUCCCUUACCUGUUCAUACGAAGUGGCGCCCAAGACAACAUACACAUUAUAUCUAGCCCCCCACCCCCCCCAAAAAAAAAAAAGCCACAAAAUACGCUAGUAGAAUAAAUUAAUACAUUUACACAUACUUUUCUUCCUCAUUCAUGCGCUCCACCGGAUAUUCAUCUGUUAAUUUUUAUUUAUGUAUGUACUUGACUGUUUUUCUAUUCAUAUCCACAACUGCUACCACAAGACUGGAAACCUUGACCACUUCACUGUGUCUGAGAUGCCAACUAUUAUUGUACUGUACACACCACAAAUCUCACUCUCGCUCUUCUCCUCCUCCCCCCUGCCCUCCUGUCAUCUUAUCCUUCGGUUCCACAACAUUUUAACAAUUCUUUCCACACGUGCAAGCCACAGUAGCUCACCACCCUACACUCACCUGCCCUCUGUAUCAGUCUAUACCUGUUUUUGCAUUUCUCUCAUUCCACACUGCCAAACUACGUCAUACCAUAUCCCCAAUGCUUCGUUGGCAGUAAAGGUGGUGUUUAAUGGAAAAAAAAAUUAAACAUCUCUUAUAUGAAAAAAAUACUUGUAACAGUUAGAAGUAUCUAUGUAUAUCUGCAUUUUUUAAAAACGUGUCUGUGUUAA